UCAUUUGGGGAUUUCUCUGCUCCCUUUUGAGUCUAAGCAGAAGAUUCUCUGUCUGUCCGUUUGUGUCCAUCGCUGAGCUGUUCAGGAAACCUCUGGGCUACUACAUAGAGGCCUGGAGCCAUGAGAUGCCUAGCUCUCCUCUUCGGCCUGCUGGUCCUACAACAAGGCCACUGCUUUGAGUUUUUGGUGGAGGGAGAUUGGGAGACUGAAAUGCCAUUAAAAGAACAACAUGGAAGAUUUAAGAGAGGGGUGUUGACCAAUGAAGAACAGGAAGACUUUGAGGCUGUCCAGGGGGAUGACAUCACAGUUGAGAGCUACAGGGUGGAGAGUCGCAUCACGUCGCGCUUCUGCCACACAACGUUCAAGAGCUUUGUGGUCAACUCCGGCCCUAAUGCCCAGAGCAUUGGCUUCCAUGUCCAGAUCCCCAAACGUGCAUUCAUCACCAACUUCACCAUGAAUGUGAACGGCGUAACGUUUGUGGGCUCAGUGAAGGAGAAGACUGUGGCUAGAAACCUGUACGCCCAGGCUAGAGCCAGGGGAAAGGCUGCCGGCAUCGUCAGGGCCAACUCCCAGGACAUGGAGACAUUUAAGGCAGAGGUCCACGUCCCUUCUGGCAAUAGGAUAGAGUUUGAGCUGCACUACCAGGAAAUGAUGUACAGGAAGCUGGGCUUAUAUGAACACACGCUACACCUCCAGCCCGGGCGUUUGGUGCCUCGGUUCCAGUUGGACGUGUACAUCUACGAGCCCAAUGGCAUUGCCUCUGUGGAGGUCCCAAACACCUUGGGAGAGCACUUCACAGGCCUGGCCCAAGUCACCAGCAACAAGCACAAGGCCCAUGUCGUGUUCAAGCCUUCCCUCAAACAGCAGAGAAAGUGUGACAACUGCACGACCAGUGCCCUCAGUGGCAUCUUCACGGUUAAAUACGACGUGAUAAGAGAAAGCGCUGCUGGGGAGCUACAUGUUUCCGACGGGCAUUUUGUGCACUUCUUUGCGCCAACCAACCUCUCCCCCCUCCCCAAAAAUAUUGUGUUCGUCAUCGACGUCAGUGGAUCUAUGUGGGGAGUCAAAAUGAAGCAGACUGUGGAAGCUAUGCAGGCUAUAUUGGAUGACCUAACAAUGGAUGACUACUUCAGCAUUAUUGACUUCAAUCACAAUGUGCGCUGCUGGAGUGAUGAACUGGUUCAAGGCAGCACUAUCCAGGUGGCAGAAGCCAAGAAAUACAUCCAGGAUAUCAAACCUAACGGAGGAACCAAUAUUAACGAGGCGUUGCUGAGGGCGGGGCAGAUCCUGCACAAAGCAGCCAAUCAGGGCAUGCUCAACUCACGCUCUGUCUCCAUGAUCAUCCUUGUGUCUGAUGGAGACCCCACUGUCGGAGAGAUCAAGCUCAGUGCCAUCCAGAAGAAUGUGAAGAAGAUCAUGAGGGAGGACUUCUCUCUAUUCUCAUUGGGUAUCGGCUUUGAUGUCGACUACGACUUCCUGGAACGCAUCGCCACCGAGAACAGGGGUGUGGCCCAGAGGAUCUAUGCCAACAAAGAUGCCUCAGAGCAGCUACGGAGGUUCUACAGCCAGGUGUCUUCUCCCCUCUUGAGGAAGAUCACAGUCCUCUUCCCAGAAGGCUCUGUCUCUGAUGUCACCCAGAACAGUUUUGACAAGUACUUCAGUGGCUCAGAACUAGUGGUGGCUGGGAAGGUGCUGCCCUCCGAUGGCACCAGCCUAAACAGCUUCAUCACGGCGUCUUCUGAUCGGCUGGACCUUUCACUGCAGACCGAGGCGGACUACAUGCGGUUGGACGCUGAGCUGGCCAGGCAGCAGCACGCCUUCACUGGCUUCGCCAGACAGAUGUGGGCCUACAUCACUGUCAACCAGCUUCUGUCCGAGAGGUCCCAGGCCCCCACUGCCAGUAGGAAGAGAAAGAUCACCCAGAGGAUCCUGAACCUGGCUGUGGAACACCAGUUUGUCACCCCCCUCACUGCCCUACUGGUGGAGAGCGAGGAGGCCAAUGAGAAGCUGCUCGCCGACUCACCUAAAGACCCCAGGAAGGGCUGCUGCGGAGGAGGAUCCGGAACUGUGAUUCCCGAAAGGACUCCCAUGGUUGAAAGCCCCCCCCCCUGGGUCCAGCUGACCACCACUCCCACCCCUAGCCCCGCAUUAGGACCCCUACCGGAACGUCUUACCAUUGUGGACAACGACCCUCACUUCAUCAUCCACCUGCCCAAAAACAACAUGGACGUUUGCUUCAACAUCGACUCAAAGCCUGGGCACAUCCUAAACCUGGUGUCAGACCCUGGAACAGGUGUGGUGGUGAACGGACAGCUGGUUGGCUCGAAGAGGGUGGGCGUGGAGAAGGAAAAUGUGAAAACGUACUUCGGGACCAUUUCAGUGUUCUCCAAGCUUGACGGCAUCAUGGUGACUGUCAGCACGGACCGUAUCCAGCUGACUGACAGCAAGCACAACCACUCCUUUUCCUGGGGGGCCACAGCUGAUAUCACCCAGGACAGGGUGAAGGUUUCCAUCGUGAAGGACUCCCAGGUGACAGUGACCGUGGAUGAGAAGAUCCGUGUCAUGAUGCUGCUGCAUCGUGUGUGGAAGAAACACCCGACCAGCGUGGACUUCCUGGGCCUGUACAUUCCAAACAGCAACCAGUACUCCUCCAAGGCCCAUGGUCUUAUAGGUCAGUUUGGCCAGGAGCCAGAGGUGCGGGUGUAUAACCUGCACCAGGGAGCUGAUCCUCUGAAGAAGGAAGCCACCAUGGAGGUGAAGGGAAACAAGCUGGCAGUCACCAGGGGCUGGCAGAAAGACUACAGGCGGGAUAAGAAACGUGGCUCUGACAUCUUCUGCUGGUUCAUUCACAACAGUGGCAAAGGCUUCAUCGAUGGCCACUACACUACCUACAUCGUCCCACGACUCGACAGUUUCCUACAGCGCCCGCUUUGAGCAAACAAUCACUAAUCCAACGAUGUCCUCUGUGUCGAAGGCAGGGUGUAGAUACUCUGAAUAUUCUGCUUUACAGGGCCAGCACACGCACACACAUAUCUGCCAUGAAAUGUUUCCAUACCAUAUCUGUUGAUCAUGACUCUCAGACACUUCUCUUCAUGAACAGUAAACUGAACACAAAAUGCAAGAGCACUAUGUACAGCAGUGUUAAUGUGUUCAGGAGCAUUCUCAAUGGCCGUUGUGUCCCUCAGAUCUGACCUAAUGUUUUGCAAUCAAUCACUGUCACACAAUUUGUUGAUCAUCUGUGUUGUACUUUAUUUAAUGAGUAAUAAUACCAUUUAAUUGUAGAGAACUGUCUGAAAACCAAUAAAAAA